UGUGGUGCAGUGUUCUGUAGUGUAGUGUAGAAUCAGAGAUGAGUAGAAUCAAAGAUGAGAGUCAUAAGUAAAUAUUUUUUAGGGAACAUACAUGCACAUGUAUUGCAUAUGUUGCAUGCAUUAUCAGUUACUUUGGAUAAAAUCAAAAUCAAAAUGUCUAGUGUGCAGAAAUUACAAAAACAUUGUGAGAAAGCAUGGGAUGUCUGUUGUACAUUUGCAUUUUUGUGUGUGGUAAUGGACUGCGAGGUACACAUGUGCUCAUACUGACGGAAGAAAGUGUGAACACCAAGCUGCUCUAGAUUUGACCUUUUCCUCAAAAAUGAAACUUAAGGGUGGUGGUAUGCAGCAGCAAACAGAUUCUUCCCUUUUCAGUAAACACUAGCAUGACAACUGUGGAAAUGUGCAAAACUGUGGUUUAUAAGUGAAAGCCUGACCUGUCGAGGGUUAGCAAACUGAAGCAUUUAUAAGUAAGACCCCUGCUCCCACAUCUCAGAUCAGAUGAACUGCACCUGACAAAGAGACUGGAACAUGAGCUUUUUCAAAGUUAUCCUUUUAGUCAGCAUCAGCACACAGUGCCACGCAGACACAGUGAACAUGAGCGUCCUGCUGGAGCAGAAUGUCACUCUGCCCUGCUUCCUGAACUCCAGCUCUGAGAUGGCAUGGUAUCGACUGAGCUCUGAGCACAUUACUUUACUCAUAUCUGCAGCAAGAGGAAACCUUAACAAAAAAGAUUUAGUUACUUACUAUAAUGAGAAUGGCAGUCACUUUGGGCUGGAAGCAGACAGGAGGAUGGACUCGGUCAGCCUGGUGAUCUCUGGGGUCCGAGAGUCAGAUCUGGGGCUGUACUACUGCGCUCUUGGUGUCAGGGCAAAGACGAUGCACUUUGGCACUGCUGUUAGACUCACAUUUGCAGACGCUGAACUGCGGCGUUCAUCAGAAAGUGUGGGCUGCAGGAUGCUGUUGGUCUGUGCUUGUGUUGUUUGUGGGGUUUGCAGUAUUCUCUGCGUGACUGUGCUUUGUUACAGACAAGGUUCUUCCAGGGUCUGUUGCAUCAGCUGCGUGACAGAAAACUCAAAUGUCAAGGCAGCACAAGUACAGUAUUCCAGUCUCCGGUUCCUCAGACGGUCCAGAGCCGCGGCUCCUGCUCCAGUCAAUGUGAUAUACGCAGCUAUAAACAACCACACGUCCUGAUUUCACCACAUUUAACCAGAUUCAUAUUAACAGAGAGAGUUUAACAAGUCUACUAUACCAACAUCUAUACUCUGAACCUAUGCCAAGCCUGUGGGAGAAAUCCAUAUAAAAUCAUUUAUACAAUACCAUUCAAAAGUUUGGGGUUGGAACUAUUUGUAAUAUUUCUGAAAGAAGUCUAUUUUGUUCACCAAGGCUACAUGUAGUUGGUUUAAAGGGGUCAUAAAAGUGUCUGUACAUUGUGUGCAGGGGAAGACAAUAUGAAAGAAUGACUCCUAAUAAUCAAGGUGUUCUGUUGGUGGAUCUUAUAAUGAACAUAGCAGUCUCAUUUACUCCUGACAUCUGAGCUGCUGUGGUUUAGCUUUGUUUUUGAAGGGAAUGCGCCCCAAUGUACCUAAAUGUGCCUAUGUUUUAUGAAUCUUUGCAGAUCCCCUUUCCUAAUAAUUUCAAGUUUCACAGCUAAAGUAGUCAUAUUACAUGUGUUAUAUAACUAUAUUCUAUGGUUUGUUUUUCAUUUGUUUGAUUAUAUAUAAGCUUUUGUAGGAUGACAAUAAAGCUAAGACUCAGUUUCUAUAUAAGGUGUUUUUGAAUGUAUUCGGUUUAUAUGAACAUAUCUCAUAUUGAACAGGUAUCCAGUGUAAAUGAGUGUGUUGUUUUCAUGACGGGGUCAGUGUGGAGUAAAUGACAUGCUGUCUGCUGCUCAGCUGUCUGUCUGUCUGUCUCCAGUGCUGCACACCCAGAGACGCGUACUGGAUUUCCCCCUGGACACACACACACACACACACAUUAGCACAGCUAAUAUAGAUAACUCUAGCCAUAUUUACAUCGUAUUUAAAUUGACAAGUAUAUUUGGCUGUUGAUUGGUGGAGAAAGAAACUCACUGCAUCCUCCUGAGGGUCCAGCAUCCAGGGGCCUGAUAAACAACACAAGAUCACUGUUUAAAAAUCACCUUGGAUCAAACCAUGUCUGCAUAAUGAUCUCAUGAUAUUAAUGCAAAGAAUAACAUUCCACCCCUACCUUCAUUUGACAUGCUUUGUAAUUGUUGACCAGAUGCAAUAUUUGUCAGCUCUGAAAAGAAUUAAAUAAAUCAAUCAAUUAUCCAA